AUGGCAAAUUUCACGAAUUACCAAGAAAGCAAAGCCGCUAUGUUGUUAGUGGAGACGCAACAGAGGGUCAUCGGGACGAAACCAGCGGCGGCGGCGGCCAACAGCAACGACACCUCGGUCGGGGAACCCCCUUCCCUAUUAUUGAAUAUCGGUGGCGUCGGAGCCAGCGGAGCUCGUGUCCAUCAGCAGCACUUUCCACCCUCCAGACAACAUCACUACCCCCAGAGCUCGCUGCCCAAAGAACAACAACACCCGCUGUCGCACCACUACCAGGCGGCGACGCAGCAACCACAGCAUCAUCUCUCCGGUGAAAACAUAACGGAGUCCCCGGUAAGGAAAGCUUCGUCGUCGUCUUUGAACCUGUUACAACAGGACCCUGCUGCUAGCCACCACACACUCGCCGCGUCGGUAAACGCAGCGUCGGCCGCGAUACAACUCGCCGUGAAUGCUAAUGUUAGCGUGGCUACCUCAGAAGGUGUCGUGGACGACAUUCAGAAGUGUGGCUAUCUGCGGAAACAGAAACACGGCCACAAGAGGUUUUUCGUGCUGAGGGCGGCCAGCCACCUAGGCCUCAGCCGGUUGGAGUAUUAUGACAGCGAGAAAAAAUUCCGUAAUAGCCUGCGGUCUGCUGCUGCAGCCGCCGCAACAGGUACGGCCGCCCCUUCUCCCCCGAAAAGGGUGAUCUAUCUGUAUCAGUGCUUCACUGUCAACAAAAGAGCAGAUUCCAAAAACAAACACCUCAUAGCCCUCUACACUAAGGAUGAAUACUUUGCGAUUGUGGCUGAAAAUGAGCAGGAACAAGACGACUGGUACGUUGCCCUGAGUGAACUGAUGAGUGAGGGGAAAAAGGGUCAUCUAGACUCGGAUGAGUUGGAUGAUGGCUACGGUACCGUCACACCAGGUACGGUUUUCAAAGAGGUGUGGCAGGUGAACGUGAAACCCAAAGGGCUGGGUCAGACCAAGAACCUCACAGGUGUGUAUCGUUUAUGCCUCUCUACUAAAACUAUCCACCUGGUCAAACUAAACUGUGAGACGCCAUGUGUCAACCUUCAGCUGAUGAACAUCAGACGCUGUGGACACUCAGAAAGCUUUUUCUUCAUGGAGGUGGGUCGGUCAUCCUCUAUAGGCCCUGGGGAGAUAUGGAUGCAGGUAGAUGACUCUGUAGUGGCACAGAACAUGCACGAGACCAUUCUGGAGACCAUGAAGGCUCUGAAGGCCUUCACCGAGAUCCGCCCCAGGAGCAAGAGCCAAUCGUCUGGCUCCAACCCCAUUGCUUUCAUCACCACCCGCCGUCACCUAGGCAACCUGCCUCCGAGCCAAACAGGUCUCCAGCGCCGCUCCAGGACCGAGUCGGUGGUUGGGACGCCGCCAUCAAGUAAGAGCUCUGGUGCCAGCGGCUAUCGCUUCCGAACAUCGAGCGAGGGUGAGGGGACGAUGAACCGGCCGUUCCGCUCCGUUACUGGCAGCCUGAUCCACCUGAACACCGCCCGGAUCCACCUGGGGCGCCAGGAGGGCGGGGUAGGGGCGGGGAACACCGGGAGCACCGGGGGAGUAGGGCGCUACGCCAGGGCGCUACCAGGCUCCACCUACCACGCCCGCUCCGCCUCACUCCCCGUCUCCCACUUCCCCUCCACCACCUCCCCCGUCAGCGUGUCCAGCAGCAGCGGGCACGGCUCGGUCUCCGAUACCCUCACCCGGCCCUCCUCCGCGUCAAUCUGCGGUUCCCCCUCCGACGGAGGCUUCAACUCCUCAGACGAGUACGGCUCAAGCCCUGGGGACUUCCGCUACUUCCGGGUCCGGAGCAACACGCCUGAUUCCCUGGGCAACACCCCACCUAUCAGAGAGGAGAACAGCAUGAGCGACUACAUGGUCAUGGGCUGGCACCGCGAGGUGUUUGGUGCGGGCGGCGGUGGAGGGAGUAGUUCUGGUAGCGUGGAGACUCCCCCACCGGGACGAGAGCACGUCGACGGAUGACGACCGGUCCCUGAGGAGGCAGACCCACUCGUUCACGCGGCCCGGGGGUCAGGGUGGUGUUACCAGCGGCAGCAGUGGCGUGACCGUGUACCAGAAGAUGACCCAGACCACCUUCUCGCUGGACGAGUCGGUGUCCGUGAGAGAGGCCCUGUCUCUGGGCCGUACCGACAGCAUCACCCAGCCUUCCUCCUCUUCUUCCUCCCUCCGCUCUGACUACAGCUCCUGCUCCGAGCACAGCCAGGGCCGACCCCCUCCUCCCUCCUCCUCCUCGGCCAAGGAGGACAGCGGCUACAUGCCCAUGUUGUGUGGGGUGGCAGCCUCACCCUGUGACGCCCCGGACUACAUGCCUAUGCAAGCCAGCUCCCCCUCUCACCACCACCACCAUCACCAACCCUCCCACUCUCCCCAAGCCCCCAGCUCAGCCCUAGCCCCACGUUCGCCCCAACAGCCCACAGACCCCAGCGGCUACAUGAUGAUGCUACCAGGGGGGCGGAGCUCCUCUUCCCCAGUCCAGGCCUCCCCCAGCCCCCACAGCAGUAGCAGUAACAUGGGUCUGGGUGGAGUUAGUGUCAGUAGUUCUGGUAGUAUAGUGGAGCGUCCUGAGAAUGGAGAAUACAUGGACAUGUCUUACAGCAGAGGAGGAGGUGGAGGGGACGCGGCAGGGGGACGGAAGCUCUCCAACGAGGGGGGAUACUAUGCACUGAGCACCCCUGAAGGGAGAGACCCUAAAUCAUACAGCCCCUACUUCUCCCUGCCUCGCUCCUACAAGGCCCCCGCUGCAAGAGAGAGAGAACAGAGGGAACAUGAUGAGUAUGUGCCUAUGAGCUCCCCGGCGAAACCAGUCUACUCCCAGAUCGCUACCGGCAACGUCGCCGAGAGGGGCGUGACGACGAGGGGUGUUGGUAGUGGGGGGUCAGACACCCAUCACAUCCCGCCUCACGCCUACCCGCCCCCUCCCUACGGGGUGCACCACCAAGCGGCUAACGGUGACCGACGGACGACCCCGGUCCGGCCCAACCGCCUCCCCCUAGGGCGCCGCAGCUUCCACGGGUCUCUGAGGGUCAGCGAGCCGGCCGCCGACGAGGUACUCUCCAGCCCUGGAGAGUACAUCAACAUCGAGUUUGGGGGCUGCUACAGACCCCCCACGUCCUAUCCCCUCUCUGCCCAGGAUGGUUCAUCCUCGGUGGGCUCUGCUGAGCAGCGCCGCUCCCCUCCCCACCCCCAUCCUCAGAACCAGGACUAUAUGAGUGUAGAGGUGGGGGUUGGAGGUGGUGGUAGUGGGGUUGAUGAUGGAGGUCGCCUGGCUAAGAACAAGUCUCCCAGACCCUCUCUGGUGGCUCCCUGGAACCCACCCAGCUACAUCCGACCUCUUGCCACUGGGGCCUCCGUGAGUGGGGCCCCUGGUUCUUCUGGAGCUCGAUGGCGGACGGGGACAGAUGACUACACAGAUAUGACCUUUAACCUCAGCAGGGGUGAGGAGUCGCGGGGGUUACGGAGUAGCCCCACGGCCAUGCUGCAGCAUCUGUGUUUGAUGGAGGGCCGCUACCCCCCCCACCUUACCCCCCAACUCUGCCUCCCCUCCCUCCUCCAGCCCCCAGCCUGAGCCCAUCAAGGUGGUACGCGCGGACCCCCAGGGGCGACGCAGACACAGCUCCGAAACUUUUUCCUCAUCCUCCACCUCCGGAGGAGGCGGAACCACAAGCUCCAGCACCAACCCCUCCUCGGACUCAGCCAACCCCUCAGCCCUCAACGUAGCUCCUUUGGCUGAGAGCUCCAAGUGGACCGGCUCUGGCUCCUUUGACAGUGUGUGGAUGUGUGUUGAGGGGGUAGCGGGGGACUCGGCCGGCCUCCAUGCCCGGCCAGGGCCUUCUGAUCUGGGCAUGGCCUCUGCCUCAUCUGGGUGUCCUCCUGGAGGUCGGAUGUGCAGGAACAUGUCUGUAGGGUAUCAGAAUGGACUCAACUACAUCGCCCUGGAGCUGAGAGAGGACCGGGACUCUAACCCUCUACCCGUACCCCAGCAGCAGGGGGGCACCGGGCAUGGUACCGGGGCGACCCCCAACGCCCCCCAAGCCAGUAACGUGACUGUGCCAGUAGCGGAGGACAACGGAGCCUACGGCUGUAUAGACUUCAUCAAGUCAGACGGGAUGACUGCCACGUCCAAGGGUGAGUGACAGAGGGAUUGUGUGUGUGUGGAGGGGGGGUGCGGUGAGUAAGUGUGUGUGUGUGUGUGUAUACAAAAGCGUAUUGCUCAUACGUCUGUGAUAGGCUUUGGGCGGUACACCGUAAUAUACCGUAUACCGGGGUAUUUGGAAAUAGCCACAGGAUGGUUUUUCAAUACCGUUUAAACAAUUUCUUUGAGGUUUUUCUAUACAUUUUAAUAUUUGUAGCUACUUUUUAAGUAAAUACCUGCAGUCAACUUGUGCAAUAUGUUAGGAGAUAAAGAAGAUCGAGUUCUUCAUUUCACCUGUCACAUUAUUUAACAUUAUGAAGCUGUCCGUAGUUCCCCAGAACAGUUGAGCCAGUCACGUGUUUGUUUGUAAAUAGCACAGCUGGAGAAAGCGGGAGUCCAGCUGUGUAUUGACAGGGGUCAUGUUUUAUAUUGAAAGUGAAGUGUUUUUUUGCUUCCAUAGAAUGAUCAGGGGCAUGCAACUAUAGUUUUUCUUCACAGAAAAUACAUUAGUGCAACACAUUCGGCAGAAAACAGCUUCAUUUUCAUCAGAUGACAACAGAAGUGCAACGCUAUUUGGCUGGCAGCCACUCAAGUAGGCUAAAUGAGCUUACAAUGAAAAAGCAAGGUAUGUUUUGCAAAAACUGUUUUUAAUUUUUUUUAUUUAACCUUUAUUUAACUAGGCAGUUAAGUCAGUUAAGUACAAAUUCUUAUUUACAUUGACAGCCUACCCCGGACAAACCCGGACGACGCUGGGCCAAUUGUGCGCCGCCCUAUGGGACUCCCGUUCACGGCCGGUUGUGAUACAGCCCGGGAUCGAACCAGGGUCUGUAGUGACGCCUCUAGCACUGAGAUGCAGUGCCUUAAACUAUGCAUGGCCAUCAUAUUUCUGUUUAUUAUAGAAUGUAGCUACAUUUCAUCAUGUUUUUCUUAAAGUUAAUCUAGCAUUUUACCAGAGAAAAGUAGGCUACACUGAGAAAAGUACCAGAGGAAAGCAGCUAUACACCAGUCAGAGCUGUCUGCUGAUAGAAUGCAGUGGAGAAGUGCAACUGAAGCGCAACAUUAGUCUGAUGCCGAGCAGAAAUUACAAUAAGAAGCAUUUUAGAUCUGUGUUUACAAAACGCAGCAAGCUAUUUCUUAUUCGUUGUAUAUUUUUUUCCUGCCUGAAAACAAAUAAUUCUGCAUUAACUAGCAAGUUAAACGUUAUCUAAGUAAGUGGCUGACUUAAUGAGGUGACGGAGGCGUCAUAAUGUGUUGGCUUUUUGCCGUGUUUGAGAAGUCACAGCUCUUUUGGAUGCGUUAUCUGUACAGCUGCCACUGCUAUCUUUUGAUUUCCUAGCAUUUUUUUCUCCUCUCAGUUCUCAGCCUGUCUGCUCCUCCCCCAUGUUCUCUGAGCAGAGCAGGCAGGCCCGUUGCCCUAGCGACUCCAGACUCCACACAGACACAGCUUGAAUGCUGCCCUAGAGCCAGUACUGUUCAUUUGCACCAAUAUAUCUCGUUCACAUUCGCUUGUAAAUGUCCAAACUCACCAAAAAUGACAUUCGGUAGCUCCUACCUAAAUACGUAUAACUUUAUGAGCUGGACUGCCUGUCUUUGCAAUUUGUUUCAUUUUUUUUUGUUUGCGCUCGUUAGCAUAUUUAUCUAGCAGCCUCCAUGGAAAUGCUAAUUUUGUUAGCAUUCUGAUAAUAGACACCUAAUGGGCUUAUACUAAGCUGGUAAUACCGUAAAUCCCAGGAUAAGAGAAGGACGAUAUGAGAAUCUGGAUACCGCCUAACCCUAGUCUGUGACUGUGCAGUCUGUGUGUGUGCGCUGGCCCUCCAGUUGUCGGCAUGCCCUGCAGUGUAAAAGGUAAUCAUGAUGAGAAGAGAGGGAAUCUCACCUACUGUACUACAUACACUUCAUUGAUCCAGGUCCUGGCCAAAGUGGGUCAAACGGUACCAUGUAAUAUGGAGAAACCUUGACCUGCACUUGCCCCUGUGUGUGUGUGUGUGUUUCCACCAGAGAGAGUGUGUGUUUGUGUUCGUUGCGUUGACUCCUUGCUGCCCCCCUUAGCGAGGUCAUUUCUUAGUUUCGUUCCAUUGGAAAACCAACACUGUGUGUGUUUUGUGGGUGUGUGUGGUUUUCCGUAGAAAAACCAACACUCUUCUCCGAUAAAGCUUGUUGUCACUGUUUGAAGUGUUUCCACUGUCAUACUAAUGUGUGUGUGUGUGGAGUCAUGCGGAGGGUCUUUGAUGUGCUCUAAUUGGACCAGCGUGUCGGGGCACCACAGCAAUAGAACAGAGCCACAGGAAACGCAUCAUCAUCACACAGGAAUACACUUCCUGUGACCUGCCCUCAGCAGCCAACCAGGCCCCUUUCAGCACCCUUUUCCUUUUGUUCCUCCAGAGGAACACCUUCUGAAACAGGGUAGUGGGCUACUGGGACCUGUUCAUUAUGACAUGCUGUAGCAAAACCUUUUUACUUAGGGUAGAGAGUGUUCGCUAGCUAGCAGCACCCUUUCCUGUCCCACAUCCUGGUCCUCUGUAGCUCAGCUGGUAGAGCAUGGCGCUUGUAACGCCAAGGUAGUGGGUUCGAUCCCCGGGACCACCCAUACACAAAAAAAUAAAAAAUAUGUAUGCACGCAUGACUGUAAGUCGCUUUGGAUAAAAGCGUCUGCUAAAUGGCAUAUUAUUAUUAACAUCCAAAGGCCCCCUUCAUAGUGUGACAGUGUGAGCCUACUAGUUGUACUGGUCUUGGAGCUGAGUUAAGGUCCUGUAGUAGAGAGUGUUGGCUAGCGGCUGGUGAGGGUGUUGGCUAGCGGCUGGUGAGCGUGUUGGCUAGCGGCUGGUGAGGGUGUUGGCUAGCGGCUGGUGAGGGUGUUGGCUAGCGGCUGGUGAGGGUGUUGGCUAGCGGCUGGUGAGGGUGUUGGCUAGCGGCUGGGUGAGGGGUGUUGGCUAGCGGCUGGUGAGGGUGUUGGCUAGCGGCUGGUGAGGGUGUUGGCUAGCGGCUGGUGAGGGUGUUGGCUAGCGGCUGGUGAGGGUGUUGGCUAGCGGCUGGUGAGGGUGUUGGCUAGCGGCUGGUGAGGGUGUUGGCUAGCGGCUGGUGAGGGUGUUGGCUAGCGGCUGGUGAGGUGUUGGCUAGCGGCUGGUGAGGGGUGUUGGCUAGCGGCUGGUGAGGGUGUUGGCUAGCGGCUGGUGAGGGUGUUGGCUAGCGGCUGGUGAGGGUGUUGGCUAGCGGCUGGUGAGGGUGUUGGCUAGCGGCUGGUGAGGGUGUUGGCUAGCGGCUGGUGAGGGUGUUGGCUAGCGGCUGGUGAGGGUGUUGGCUAGCGGCUGGUGAGGGUGUUGGCUAGCGGCUGGUGAGGGUGUUGGCUAGCGGCUGGUGAGGGGUGUUGGCUAGCGGCUGGUGAGGGUGUUGGCUAGCGGCUGGUGAGGGUGUUGGCUAGCGGCUGGUGAGGGUGUUGGCUAGCGGCUGGUGAGGGUGUUGGCUAGCGGCUGGUGAGGGUGUUGGCUAGCGGCUGGUGAGGGUGUUGGCUAGCGGCUGGUGAGCGUGUUGGCUAGCUCAUCCUAUUUCACAUCAUCUAUAUUUACUGCUUUAUUUUCAGACUGACAGUUAUUUAUCAGCUGGGUCUAGCAGUAGGCAUGUGUAUGCUUCAUCCCAAAUUGCACCCUAUUCCCUAAUGUAGUGCACUACUUUUGACCAGAGCCCUGUAUAGGGAAUAGGGUGCCAUUUGAGACACAGAAUGUGCACUGGCCCUAAAGCAGGAAGCUGCACAGGCAACUGGAUCCCCUUUCGUGUGUGUGUGUCAGCGUGUGUGUGAGCGUGUGUGUGUGUCAGCGUGUGUGUGUGUCAGCGUGUGUGUGUGUCAGCGUGUGUGUGUGUCAGCGUGUGUGUGAGCGUGUUUGGUGUUGAACCUGAACUCUCUCACACUCUGAUAUACAUACACACAGAUGUUAAUAUAAUCUCAAGAUGUUAGGUCAAAUCAAUAUGAAUGUUUUAGUAGGCUUUAGGUUAUACCUCUUUCAUUAAUUGGCUUAUUGCUGUAUAAUAAGUUGCUGGAUAAUACGUUUCAAAUGAAUAUGUAAGGGGUAAUCAACGAGGGGCUAUGCGCUCUAUGGAAAAUAAUGAACAACGUGGAAGGUGUAUUCCACGACGUGCUAUAUGAGUGGAACUGACCUUCCACCGAUUUGCAUUACUUCCCAGAGAACGCAUAGAGCCUUGAGUUGAUUAUCCUUUUUAUACCAUGGAUAUAAUUUAACACAUCUGCCAGUAGAAAUGUGUUCAACAUCCACUGAAGUAGCUAGAAAGUUUACAAGAUAGCUGCAGUAGUUGCUGUGGUAACCAAACAGACUUGCUAGUUUAGCUAACCAAACCAUCAGUCCUAGCUUGCUAUUAUGAAAAUCAAAUUCAACAAUGCCAAUACUGUUUUCAAUUCGACUUUUGCUUUCAAAAGCAGCUCGAACAAAACAUAUAUACCAUGAGUUACAGGGAAAUAAUGCAUGCUCUAGAACGCCAAUCAGAAAAGAGUAUUCAACAAUGCCAUGGUAUAAGACGAUAGAAGACUUCCAUACUAAUACUGCUGUUACAGUAACUGCUUCAGGUAGUGUUAUCAGCCAUUUCUAUGGCAAUGCCUCUUCCUGUGGACUUUCAUUAGGCCUAUAUAGACUUGUAUGUUAGUGUGUCCUUUGUUACUCAUAGGUAAACACCUCCUGUCUCUGAGUCAAAGCCAGGGUAUUUUCCCAUGUAGGCUACUAGGAAUAUAUUAGCCUAGUGACUAACAGGCUAGCUAGCUGUUUACUGUUGUAAAGUGUGGUGUGUCUGUGUGGGGUGUGUGUACUGUGGUAGGCCUGAAUGUUUUCUCAUUCUCUAGGACAGGGAUCAUCAACUAGAUUCAGCCGCGGGCCGAUUUAUUUUCUUGAACGUAUAGUCUGUGGGCCGGAACAUAAUUACAAUUCAUUUGUAGACUGCAAAUUGACCACAAGAAGCCCAAACUGAUAUAAUAUUUGACUAAAACAUAAUCAUUUCAAACCUUGCUUACAUUUUGUAUACGGUCACGUGUCUCUCUAUUAUGCGUGGGAAUACUUGGGAACAGAUUUUUUUCCAAAUUAAAAUCAUUUGGAGCUGAUUUCCUGGUGUUUUUACAGUCUUAUGUCCAACAAUAUAAAAAACAACUUGGGGGGGGGGGGGGGGGGGGGGCAAAUGAAAUCACCCGUGGGCCACCCUGCUUUAGGAUGAUGGAGUAUUAAUAGUAAACGUUCUCCCACAUUCAGAUAGGAGGAGGAUGUGAGGUGACUAAUACGAAAUUGGUUGAGUAAUCAAAUUCUUGGGUUACCAUGUGCCUUGAGUGGAAAAAAUCCCCUAAACUCCAAAGCUUAUAUUUUGUAUUGUUGGACAUAAAAGACUGGAUAAAACACCAGCAGAUCAGCUCCAAGGGAUUUAGAUUUUGAAAAUCCGUUCCAAAGUAUUCCCACGCAUAAUAUAAUAUAUAUAUAUAUAUAUAUAUAUAUAUAUAUAUAUAUAUAUAUAUAUAUAUAUAUAUAUAUAUAUAUAUAUACAGUGCUAUGAAAAAGUAUUUGCCCCCUUUCUAAUUUUCUCUACUUUUGCAUAUUUGUGAUACUGAUUGUUAUCAGAUCUUCAACCAAAACCUAAUAUUAGAUAAAGGGAACAUAAGUGAACAAAUAACACAACAAUUACAUUUUUAUUUCAUUUAUUUCAUAAACAAAGUUAUGCAACACCCAAUUCCUCUGUGUGAAAAAGUAAUUGCCCCCUUACACUCUAACUGGUUGUGCCACCUUUAGCUGCAAUGACUCCAACCAAAUGCUUCCUGUAGUUGUUGAUCAGUCUCUCGCGUCGCUGUGGAGGAAUUUUGGCUCACUCUUCCAUGCAGAACUGCUUUAACUCAGUGACGUGUGGGCUUUCAAGCAUGAACUGCUCGUUUCAAGUCCUGCCACAACAUCUUAAUUGGGAUUAGGUCUGGACUUUGACUAGGCCAUUCCAAAACUUCCAAUUUGUUGCUUUUUAGCAAUUUCCAUGUAGACUUGAUUGUGUGUUUUGGAUCAUUGUCUUGCUGCAUGACCCAGCUGCGCUUCAGCUUCAGCUCACAGACAGAUGGUCUGACAUUCUCCUGUAGAAUUAUCUGAUACAGAGCAGAAUUCAUGGUUCCUUCUAUUAAGGCAAGUCGUCCAGGUCCUGAGGCAGCAAAGCAUCCCCAAACCAUCACACCACCACCACCAUGCUUGACCUUUGGUAUGAUGUUCUUACUAUGGAAUGCAGUGUUUGGUUUUCGCCAGGCAUAAUGGGAACCAUCUCGUCCAAAAAGGUGACUCAAGUUUGUCAAAAAGCACCUGGAUGAUCAUCAAGACUCUUGGAAUAGCAUUCUAUGGACAGAUUAUUCAAAAGUAUAGCUUUUUGGACGACAUGGUUCCAGUAAUGCCUGGCGAAAACCAAACUCUGCAUUCCACAGUAAGAACAUCAUACCAAAGGUCAAGCGUGGUGGUGGUGUGAUGAUAGAUAUAUAUAUAUACAUAUACAGUGAGGGGGAAAAAGUAUUUGAUCCCCUGCUGAUUUUGUACGUUUGCCCACUGACAAAGACAUGAUCAGUCUAUAAUUUUAAUGGUAGGUUUAUUUGAACAGUGAGAGACAGAAUAUCCAGAAAAAUGCAUAUCAAAAAUGUUAUAAAUUGAUUUGCAUUUUAAUGAGGGAAAUAAGUAUUUGACCCCUCUGCAAAACAUGACUUAGUACUUGGUGGCAAAACCCUUGUUGGCAAUCACAGAGGUCAGACGUUUCUUGUAGUUGGCCACCAGGUUUGCACACAUCUCAGGAGGGAUUUUGUACCACUCCUCUUUGCAGAUCUUCUCCAAGUCAUUAAGGUUUUGAGGCUGACGUUUGGAAACUCGAACCUUCAACUCCCUCCACAGAUUUUCUAUGGGAUUAAGGUCUGGAGACUGGCUAGGCCACUCCAGGACCUUAAUGUGCUUCUUCUUGAGCCACUCCUUUGUUGCCUUGGCUGUGUGUUUUGGGUCAUUGUCAUGCUGGAAUACCCAUCCACGACCCAUUUUAAUUGCCCUGGCUGAGGGAAGGAGGUUCUCACCCAAGAUUUGACGGUACAUGGCCCCGUCCAUCGUCCCUUUGAUGCAGUGAAGUUGUCCUGAAGUUGUCCUGUCCCCUUAGCAGAAAAACACCCCCAAAGCAUAAUGUUUCUACCUCCAUGUUUGACGGUGGGGAUGGUGUUCUUGGGGUCAUAGGCAGCAUUCCUCCUCCUCCAAACACGGCGAGUUGAGUUGAUGCCAAAGAGCUCGAUUUUGGUCUCAUCUGACCACAACACUUUCACCCAGUUCUCCUCUGAAUCAUUCAGAUGUUCAUUGGCAAACUUCAGAUGGCCCUGUAUAUGUGCUUUCUUGAGCAGGGGGACCUUGCGGGCGCUGCAGGAUUUCAGUCCUUCACAGCGUAGUGUGUUACCAAUUGUUUUCUUGGUGACUAUGGUCCCAGCUGCCUUGAGAUCAUUGACAAGAUCAUCCCGUGUAGUUCUGGGCUGAUUCCUCACCGUUCUCAUGAUCAUUGCAACUCCACGAGGUGAAAUCUUGCAUGGAGCCCCAGGUUGAGGGCGAUUGACAGUAAAAGUUUCUUCCAUUUGUGAAUAAUCGCACCAACUGUUGUCACCUUCUCACCAAGAUGCUUGGCGAUGGUCUUGUAGCCCAUUCCAGCCUUGUGUAGGUCUACAAUCUUGUCCCUGACAUCCGUGGAGAGCUCUUUGGUCUUGGCCAUGGUGGAGAGUUUGGAAUCUGAUUGAUUGAUUGCUUCUGUGGACAGGUGUCUUUUAUACAGGUAACAAACUGAGAUUAGGAGCACUCACUUUAGGAGCACACUCUUAAUCUCAGCUCGUUACCUGUAUAAAAGACAUCUGGGAGCCAGAAAUCCUUCUGAUUGAGAGUGGGUCAAAUACUUAUUUCCCUCAAUAAAAUGCAAAUCAAUUUAUAUUUUUGUGUAUGGGUGGUCCCGGGGAUAGAACCCACUACCUUGACGUUACAAGCGCCGUGCUCUACCAGCUGAGCUACAGAGGACCAACUUUCUUCUGAAACUAGUCAGUUUAUUCUUGUUCUGAGAAAUUAAAGCUUUUACAUUCCAGAAAUUGGCAAGAAACUGAAGAUCUCGUACAACGCUGUAUACUACUCCCUUCACAGAACAACGCAAACUGGCUCUAACCAGAAUAGAAAGAGGAGUGGGAGGCCCCUGUGCACAUCUGAGCAAGAGGACAAAUACAUUAGUGCCUAGUUUGAGAAACAGACGCCUCACAGGUCCUCAACUGGCAGCGAGUGUGUGUGUGUGUGUGUACAUUCUAGGUACAUGUCAUGUCAUUUUCCCCCCAGAAUGAAACUGGAAUGUCCACUAGUGGACAUGAUAUAACGACUCCUAACAUCCCUAGAGAUGCCCACUAGCACCCCUAACCCUCCGUGAGACCUCACCCCUGGAGUAGCCUAGUUAUUGUUCUGGUUUUCCUGAGAGACUCUCUGGGUUCCAUUACGGCGGAAUUGUGAUCAAUUAGAAUGUUCCUACUUCUAAACAGAAUCAGAAUGGGAAGGUUAGGAAUUCUAUCUCCCCAUAAAGGUUGUUCCUUGUCAGCCAGUAGAAUAUAGUAUCGUCAUUAACAUAAUAUGUGUGUGUUUCUGUACUGCGUGUGUGUGUUUCUGUACUGCGUGUGUGUGUUUCUGUACUGUAGUGUGUGUGUGACUAGUAUUCCCUCACUGUAUUGAUAAAUUGUGAAAAGAACAGCGACAAAAACAAUAGGAGAUGUAAUACUUAAGAAAAACUAAAUGUAUAAAACAAAGAAAUAUACAAAGCAAUGUAAGUAAUGGUUUACAUUCAGAAUCUAAUUCAACAAACAAUUAAAAAUGACUGGAGGUACUUACAUUGUUUUGUUACUUAUUAUACAUGGAGAAAAUAGUAGGCUAUAUUCUAUGUUUCCUCCCUUAGCUUGUGGUAAGCUGUGACGUACUGUGCUGCCAACUCUUUAACAUCAGACCUUUUGUUUGAUUGUUCUGUGAAUGUAGAACUUUUCAAUUUGAAUUUAGGGAAGAAGGAAUCUCUAUACUGAACAAAAAUAUAAAUGCAAAAUGUAACAAUUUCAAAGAUUUUACUGAGUUACAGUUCAUAGAAGAAAAUCAGUCAAUUAGAAAUUCAUAAAUUAGGCCCUAAUCUAUGGAUUUCACAUGACUGGGCUGGGGAGCAGCCAUGGGUGGGCCUGGGAGGGCAUAGGCCCACCCACUUGGGAGCAAGCCCACCCACCCACCAUCGCCAAGCAUCUUGGUGAGAAGGUGACAACAGUUGGUGCGAUUAUUCGCAAAUGGAAGAAACUUUUACGUCAAUCGCCCUCAACCUGGGGCUCCAUGCAAGAUCUCACCUCGUGGAGUUGCUAUGAUCAUGAGAACGGUGAGGAAUCAGCCCAGAACUACACGGGAUGAUCUUGUCAAUGAUCUCAAGGCAGCUGGGACCAUAGUCACCAAGAAAACAAUUGGUAACACACUACGCUGUGAAGGACUGAAAUCCUGCAGCGCCCGCAAGGUCAGGCCCAGCCAAUCAGAAGGAGUUUUCCCCACAAAAUGACUUUAUUACAGACAGAAAUUCUCUCUCUCUCUCUCUCUCUCUCUCUCUCUCUCUCUCUCUCUCUCUCUCUCUCUCUCUCUCUCUCUCUCUCUCUCUCUCUCUCUCUCUCUCUCUCUCUCUGUCUCUCUCUGUCUGUGUGUUAAGCCUGUGAUUAGUUGAUAAUGUCAUUAGCUGCCUAAAACACACACAGAGUGGGGGGAGGGGCUAAUGCCCCCCCCCCCCCCCCAAACCCAGAUUAUACUAAUGUAUAGGAUGCAUAACUCUGCCUUCGCCUACAAUGGUUGCGCUCCUGCAUACAUCUAAUUAACAUAAUACAAAAAUCCCCAUUGAAAUCCGUCUGUUUAAGCUAGAGAUAUGUGUUUUUUUUGCAUGGCCUGCGUCUCAAUCCACUGCAUCUGCCGAUAUCGCCCUUCCGCAUCUGUGGUGAAAGGUGGCAGAGCUCGAGCGGUAUUUGUCAGACCAUGAGAUCCCAAAAAUCGGUUUUCUUGCGAAAACGGUUUGGCCUACAAACUGUUAUGACCACUCAAUUGAAAGCGGAGACUCUCAAGAACACGAUGGUGUUCUCCGAUUGUGUUUUGCCCUAGGACGCUCACAAGAUUCAUCUGAAGGUCCCCAGUACCAGUUAAAAAAAUUAAUGGUCAUAUAUAUAUAUAUAUAUAUAGAUAUAUAUAUAUAUAUAUAUAGUUUAGUGCCUAAAAUAAGGGGAUAAAUACAUGGGGAUAAAUACAUGUACAAAAUAAAUACAUCGUUUCCUGAUCUUUCUUAUAUCUCUCAGAUAUAGGACAGACACUUCAGAAAAAACGUCAUUUUGAUUUUUUUUGGGGGGGGACUAUCUGUUGUUCCAUUUAGUGAAUCUGUUAUUCAAUGUGUUUCUAUUGGCUAAUAGCAGUAAUGCCAAAUUCCAUGUUUCAUCCAAUCAUUUUUUUCUAUAUUUUUUUUGAUACCUUAAGGGGUCUUAAAAUUUAAUGACAGACUUUUGGCUGCAAUGUUUUUUUUUUAAAUCUGGCUUUACAUGUGGAAAUGUUGUACAAUGUACCUUUAACAGAAAAACACCUUCCGGUGUAAAAACCACUGAAAUUAAAAACAAACCACAUUUGAAGUGAGAAGUAGGCAUCAAGCUGAAAAAUAACUUUUAAACAGUAUGAAUUAGGCUGUUUUGAGAAGGUUCGAAUCCUACACGCACACUGACACGCGCGCACACUGACACGCGCGCACACUGACACGCGCGCACACUGACACGCGCGCACACUGACACACGCGCACACUGACACACGCUGACUGGGUCAUGGAGGGUGAGAGUACAGCGACAGUAGUGGGAUUUAAGAAUGGCUGUUGUUUUACUAUAGUAGGCAUGGCUGGUUUCUAAAUGUACUCACAUGCACACAAACACACGUUCUUUCUCCCUCUCUCUCUGACUGUCACGGACAGACCCUUAGGCCAGUGGUUUUCAAACCUCUCCUCUAGGACCCUCAGCCGUUCCUUGUGUUUGAUCUAUCCCAUAGCUAGCACACCUGAUUUCAAUCAUCAACUAAUCAUAAAGCCCUUGACUAGGUAAAUCAGGUGAGCUAGUUCAGCGCUACAAUAAAAUUGUGAAAUGUCUGUUGGUCCCCAAAGCGAGGUUUGAAAACCACUGCCUUAGGCCAAGUGUAGGGCCCCAUAAAAGCAGUUAUUUAUUUUACCUGAUUCCGUUUUUGUUUUUCCAGGUUUCCGUUUUUCCCCAUGUUUUCAGGUUUCCGCUCUCAAAAUCACACCUUUUUAAUAGAACAUAAAAUGUUGUUUUUCUUAGUCCACAAUAAUGCUUAAACCACAUCAGGAGACCAGUUUUGAGGUCUGGGAAAAAUCUAAGAUAAUUAUUAUUUUGAAUUUUGGCUGUAGUUACCCUUUAAUGCAAGUGCCAACAGCCAGAGCCUGUUGUUUGGAUAGCGGUGUUUCUGUAGCACUCAUGUGAUUGCAGAGUUUGCAAAACAAGUGGCCACUGGAUUGAUGCAUAUAAUCAUAUCAUUCUGCCAGGUAGGCAUAGGCUACUUGGUAGUUAACAUUUAAUUGAGAAGGUUUUUGAGAAAGCUUUUCCAUCAACCAGCAGACGGUUAUCAUUAGCAUCAUCGCUAAAUGCGACACAAAGUGUAGACUAGACAUACGAGAGCUGCACACAACCCAAACAGACGGGGUCAUGACCUUUUAGAAAGUUGCAGGAAAAUGCAAAUCACCGAUGCAUUUUGUUCAUGUCUAAUGAUUAACUUGGGCAAAUUAAUGCAUUUUCUAAUAUGUUCAAUACAUUUAGUUGAUUCCCUACUAAGUUAAAAACAACUAUUUUUUUAUGUCUGGAUUCCGUGAUUCCGUCCAUGUUUUCCGCAAAACAGAAUUUAUAGGGCCCUACAAGUGGAAGGAUUGCCCUUUCCAUUUCAGUCGAGAAAAGAGGAGAUGAGGGGGAGGCAGGGGCAUGAGGUGUUGAGAAGCCACAUGGGCAGCCUGGUCGCUCCGACUAGGCAUACCUCAAAAAGGUAUAAUAUAAUACGAGUGGGUGUGAGACCGUGUUGACAUGGAUGGCAUUACCACUAUUAAGACUCAUCCCACCAUUUCAUCAGGAUAUCUAUUGAAGUUGAGCCCCUUGGAUGGAAUUGACCCCCAAGUCCCCAACUAGAGGGAUGUGGGGAGGAGGAGGAGGAGGAAGGGUGGAGAAGAGUAGAGGCUAAUUCCUUCUCCUCCUUUUUUCUCCUCCGUCCGGCUUCAGCGGUCUUCUCAGGUCAACCUCUCUCUCUCUCUCUCUCCUGCCUCCUCCUUUGUCAAAGAACAGGUAGGCUACAGGGUAAAAACAGAUUUGAUAGAAAGACGGAGAGGGAGAGAGGAAAGCGAGAGGCAGAGAAGGGUGAAAGAGAGAUGGGAAUUGGAGAGGAUGGAGAGACAGAGAGGACAGUGGCAGAGCUAGCUGAAAAUGUGUCCUGUGUUGUACCACAGGCAGUAGCUAUCGGCUUACAGGCUAAUCAGGGAUACUUAACCUGUGAGCUGAUUUGAAACCUGACCUUUAACCUCAUACUUAACCCAGACCUGACCAGGAACCUCAUACCUAACCCAGACCUGACCAGGAACCUCAUACCUAACCCAGACCUGACCAGGAACCAAACGGGCCGAAACGGGUAUGGACCUACUUGAAUUUGUCCAAUAAGAAACACUUGUCGUUUUUUCCGUUGUAAAACGUUUUGCUACGGUGUGUACUAAUGAAUACAACUCAGUGUAACCCAGUUGGUCCUAACCCUAACCCAGCUAAAAUAAACUGGCUAGCUAAAAUAAACUUGCUACCUCUGGUUGGGGGUAUCCUGUAUAAGCCUAACAAUAGUGGUUUCAAAUUGAUAUCCGCGUUCUAAAGAAGCCGUAAACGAUCAUGUGAUGUUCACUUUCAUAGCUUACUGUAGGUUAACUGUCGUCUGUUCUGUCGUAUCGGUGAUAUCAAAAGUUUCACUUCAACCAGUGAGGUGUUUUAGUUUUGAUAGUGUGUGAAAUUAUGUCAGCUGGCUGGCUGUUGCUUUGAGAGCCGAAGCACCCCGCCUUAGAGAGAGAUUUAGCUUGGGCAAACACUGGCCCAGGCGCCAGACUAGGUCUUAAUGCAGGUGGUCUAGGGGUGUUGUGUGGAAAUAUGCAGGCGUUUUAUUGCUGUGUGUGUGGGGGGGGGGGGGGUACAGUAGUGUCCUGCAGUGGUGGAGUCCGAGGAGAUUGUUAUGGUCAAAGUCAACUGACAUAACAAUUAACCAAAGACCUCUGUCCACCUCUUCUCUCUCGCUCUCUUGCCCUGUCUGUCUUUCUGUGUCAACCCUCUCUCCCCUCUCUCUCUCUCUCUCUCUGCCCCCCCCCCCCCCCCCCCCCGUAACAAACAGACAGAUAGAAAGCGUUAGCCGGCAUUCCUGUCGCUCCAGCCCGUCCACAGCUGAAGCCCUCUCUCUCUCAAAGCAUAUGUUAAUGGUCAGCAGCCAACAGGACAAAGCCCUUAUCAAAGCCCUGCUCUGGGUCAACACACACACACACACACACACACACAGAGGCAUGCACACUUGGGAUACACAUACCGACACACGCUUACACACACACACACACACACACAGGGGAUACACACACCGACACACACACACACACACAGAGGCAUGCACGCUUGGGAUACACACACCGACACACGUUUACACACACACAGAGGAUACACACACCGAUACACGCUUACACACACACACACAGGGGAUACACACACUCACAACAGGGCCGGUCAGAGCCCAGACUAACCUACUACCAGAACCUGUGUGGGUAUGUGUGGGUGUGUGUGGUUGUGUGUGGGUGUGCAACCACUAACCAGGUUAGCUGAGGCCAUGCGGGGACAUGCUUCUUUACCAACUGUUUUGGUGAAGUUAACUGAUCAUCUUUUUCUCGCUCACUCUCUCUCUCCCCCUCUCUCUCUCCCUUCUAUCUCUCUACAGACUUAUGAUGGAUGGAGGGAUCUGAGAGGGGUGCAUCACAGACCCCCUAACCCCCUCCACCGUGGCCUUCAACACCCCCACACCACACUUUGACCGUCAACCCCUCAACCUCAACCCCCAAGGCCAGCCCACGAGGUCACACCCCCUCUGAACAACAACAACCGCAACAUCACUAAAACGAUCGAAGACGAAGACUGAAGGCACUCGCAUUUGUGUUUUAAUUAUUUUUUUGUUACUUUGUUUUUAAUGAUAUUUUGUUUUUUCUCAGACCGUCUGGUUCUGAGGCUGCUGUCG